AUGCUCGCAAAAUCACUCGGCACUCUCCUUGUCAUCUGUGCUCUAUUCGUUGUGGGCUUGUAUGCACAAGUUUUUCAAUUAGAAACAGCACAAAAUUCCUUGUUUGUCCAUAGCGAACCAUCCAUGUCCAUCCCUGUGGUCGGUAAAUUCAUUCUCAAAUGUCCAGUCAACUCCAAUAAGAACAUCCUCCUUCAAGUUCUGGAUAUAACCUCUUCUCCAAAUCGUGUACUCUAUCAAGUUUGUUAUGACAAGGAAAAGGCCAUUCCACAAUUCACAUUCCACUACUUGGAUGAUAAAUGCUCUUCUUCUGGUUUGGUAAGACCAGAUGUCGAUCCUUGGUACACAGUUGCUGAUGUUACUGAUGGAACUGGACUUUCUACUGGAACUAGUGGACAAGCCAAUUCCCAAUUUAAAAAUGUUCCAGCAACUAUUAAGGAAAACGGAUUCAAAGGAAAAGAUUGUGUCAUUCCAUUGUAUUAUUGGAAGAUUGUAAUGGUAUUUGAUGAGAACACUCCUUCAAAUUCAUUUUACAUCAUGGUUUUUGAUUACAAUACUGAUAAUAAGAGAGGUGUGAGAGUAUUGAAUGAUUCUGCAUCAAAUAUUCCAGCAGAAAUUGCUGCUUCAAAUUUUCUUAAGAGUUUAAUUCCUGAUUAUGCGACACGUUUGUCUGGAAGUUAUGCUCCAUCUGCUGAUGAACUCUUUGAAAUGCUUUCAGAUAAUGAGGAUUUGAGUGACAUUUAUGGUGUCGAUGGUGAAUCUCAAUAA